GUGGUGAUGCUGAUUUAAAAAAUCAUAAUUAUAAGGGUGGAGUUAAUCAUCGAAAUACGUGAAACCACGCUUAUGGUAUCAGGCAUUCAAGUCGAGAACGUUGUUCUUGCGAACUUCAGAAAAUGGGGAGGGGCUUUCAUUGCACGAGCUAUUCAGUGGUGCUCUCGCGCAGUCGUUAUGCCGACCCUGAAGUCUAAAUUAGUGCAUAUAACUCACAUAUAGUCAACCUGCUACCCCCCUUUUAACUCUUUCGGACAAAAAUAUAUGCGGGGUGUCUGCGCGAAGAUAAUUUCCUGUUCGAUUCCUGAAAAAUCACCUGACCGGUUUUAAUUCGGCAGGAGAGCUCAUUCCAAUUGGCUGUUUCAGGCAGGUUUCAGGUGAACAUGGAGUGCCUCAGUCGCUCGCGGGCACCUCCUUCUCACGUUUGUUGAGAGUGGAGGAUGGAGGAGAAUUUAAAGAGAAUCGACGGGGAACGAAAUCAAGAGGAGAGAAGUUUCUUCGACCCUACCUCUUGGCGGAGACCCGAGUUUGUUUUGACCUGUUUGGAAAACGAGAAAGUUUGUAUCUCGAUUGGACUCUGCGGUCUUUCUGCAGUAUUCUGGGUGGUAGCCUGUCUGUUGGUCGUGUGUAAACGAUGCAGAACGAAGCGCAGGAAUGUCGGCGACACCGCGGACAGUGCGCUUUAUUGCUUUCUGGGAAAUUUGAGCGGUACCGUGGGGGCCGUCAUGUCCAUCCAGCUGACGAUCCAGGUAUUUAUGGGUGGGCUGCUGACGAUACUGGAUAUUCUACGCUUCAUUUUCAUAAUCAUACCCUUCAGUGGCAGAACCGAAAGUAGGAUAAAGGUCAUGAGGAAGAGGAGGAGGCAGAAUAUCUUCGUCCUCUCUCUCCCCUUGGCUUUGGGAAUAGGCCUUUUCGCAUUUCAUGGCCUGUAUCAACAGCAAAGUGACAGCGUGCCGGUCAGGAGACGACUGCUCAGUUUAGUUUUACAGGAUAAUUCUGAAAUAUUGGGUUAUGCGCUUGGCCUGCUGUCUACUGUGAUUGGCUGGACUUCGAAGUUCCCCUCUCUUACUAAAGCUCAUCUCGAGAAGAUGACCUCAGCUGUGCACGUGUCCUUUGGAAUACUGUGCGCGCUCGCUAAUGUCCUCUACGGCUCAGCCAUCCUGGUCUACGACGCGCGCACCGCGUCUGUCCUGAAGGCGUUGCCAUGGUUACUCAACUGCUUCGGCUGCGCUGCCUUUGAUGUCGUCAUCCUGGGGCUGUCCUGUUUCAGAAUGCACAGGGGGUGGUCCUGGGACCCCACAGACACGCAGUCCCUGCUGGAGGACUCUCCUCCUGAACCCCCCAGCCCAACGCACCCAGAUUCGAGAAGGCCAUCCCUGCAGACGCUUCGCAGCAAAAAAUGCAUGAAGAAGACCGCAGAAAUAGGUCGCUAUAUGGACAUCAACAUCCAGCCCGUCCAGCCUGAGCCAAAGGUGUUUCUGAAGGAGGUGAAGAUCUCCAGGGAGGGCCGGGCUGGCGGUCUGCUGCUGAAGAGAGCGCAGAGGGAGGUGAAGGAGGAGGACCCCUGCUCCUCGGACAGCUCCUCCGCCUCCUCCUCCCUCCACCCGGAGCUGGAGUGGGACUUUGGAGAUGCGAACGCCCACUGGAACAAAGUGCCAAAGCCGCAGAAAAGGAAGGAGGUUUUCGCCCUCCGGAAUUGGAGGGUUCAGCUCGGGACAAACCCUGCCAGCCAAACAAAGGCCGAUUCUGUCAAGAGCGUCGGAAGCGUGGAGACGAGAAGCUGUGCCAUCGCAGUUGACCAACAAGUGGCAGCUCCUGGCACUUUGCCGUCAGUGGAAAAUGAAGGACCAAUCGGACAGCACUUUGCAGUCAAUGGCAAAUGAAUGACCAAUGGGACGACAGCUUGCAGUCGAUGGUAAAUGAAUGACCAAUGGGACAACAGCUUGCAGUCGAUGGUAAAUGAAUGACCAAUGGGACAACAGCUUGCAGUCGAUGGUAAAUGAAUGACCAAUGGGACAACAGCUUGCAGUCGAUGGUAAAUGAAUGGCCAAUGGGACAACAGCUUGCAGUCAAUGGUAAAUAAGUGACCAAGAGGGAAACACUUUGCAGUUAAUGGUUAUUGCAUGUGGUAUUCACACCUAAACUGCUUUGCUAAAUUACAUUGAAGGCAAUAAAAAGUGUUAACAUAUGAAA